AUGGAAAUUGAAAGGAAUGAUCGUAGAAGCCCCGAUGGUCGACAUUCAGAAUCCAUUUCUUCACCUACGAUGUCGCAUGAUUCAGCAUUGCCAGCGACACCAACAUUACAAUAUGCUGAUCUUGAUGAUGAUGAUGAUGAUGAUGAUGAUGAUAAUGAUGACGAUACAAAUGUAUCAU